AUGCAACCACCAGACGUGGGGCUAGACGCUGACAGCCCUGAUCCUGUCGAGGCAGAAGCACCAAGGAAUCCGGGCCCCCGCAGACACCCGAAGAAGCGAACCAAAACUGGCUGUUUAACUUGUAGGAAACGUCGUAUCAAAUGCGGCGAAGAGAAGCCAAUAUGUAGCAACUGCGUCAAAUCCAAGCGCAUUUGUGAGGGCUACGCUCAAAGAGUGAUCUUCAAGAAUCCCAUGGGUAUCUUCGGCGCCUAUGGCCCUCCCCACAGCAGUCAGGAUCUCCAGAUGCAGCAGCAGAUGCGAGUCCCUAUAUUCAAUGACUAUCCUUUACCGGCUCAGCAGGCUGCGGCAGCUGCUCAACAUCCUAUGCUGGCGCCACGGCCCGUGGAUGUGCCAGCCACCGGUCAUCAAGCUAUGCCAUCUGAGACAUCCCUGCCAGAGAGGGCACCACCUGCUGCUGCACCGCAAUUUUAUUAUCCCACGCCACCGGUACAGAUACCCCCUCCAUCAUGGCCAGUACAGGCUAUAGAGGAAGACCGACGGGGCUCUGAACCUCAAGAACCGACCGAUUAUUCACGGUCCCAGCCUCAGCCUCAGCCUCAGUCACGAUCGCAGUCACUAUCGCAGUCGCAGUCGCAGUCGCAGUCGGGGUCAGAGUCGCAGCCCAUUAAUUUAACAGAAAACCACGUCCGUUAUGAUGAACAAAAACUACCGGUCCAUUACAUACAGCCAAGUGUCAACUGGGAGAAUUUUCCGACAUCCCAAGAUUAUGCCGCGCAGUAUGCAUCUCAGCUGGCUAGUGAAUCUCAAACGAACAAGAGCAAUGAGAAUCCAUUAUUCCCAUUGCCCAUCCAACAAUCGGCUUCGAUAUAUCAAUAUCAGUACCCGCAGCAGCCGGGACAAUUAGUAACUUCGCAACUCACUACGGCGGAGCCCUUCAUUCCUCAUUCUCAGCCACAGGUAACAUAUGUGGAAGAUGAAAGUGAAGAUUUCUACGAUGUCGACUCCGACGACGAAAUGGCAGAUCAAAUACAGAGCGAAGGCUUUAAUCAGCUUAGUCUCAUCAUGGCAUCUGCAAAUAAUGACAGCCAGCUUCGUUCUUUCACAAGUCACCUCAACGAGCCGAAUAUACUCGCUAAUUAUCGCCCCUCGCUCGGCUCAUCCCCACUGAACAAUCCCAAGACAGCCCGAAUAUUCGCCCAUUUCAUCCACUCAACCGGGCCGUGCUUGUCUAUAUUUGAGCGGCAUGCGACCGACUCUUCGAUUGUUUUGGGCCUGCAGGUUCCCCUUGCACAACAGGGUCUUUGGACAUAUACUCUGCCCCUCAAGGCAUUGGAGCACCCUGCGCUACUCCAGGCUAUUCUCGCGAUCAGCAGUUUGCACAUCGCAUAUCUGCAGGGUGUACCCUCGACUGUCUCUUUGAAGCACUACCACUAUGCAUUGAAACGAAUUGGCCGCGCGGUUGGCCUCCCAUUACGACGUAAGCAAAUCGGUACUUUGGCUGCCACGCAGCUGCUCGCGUACUAUGAAGUUAUAUCAGCCGAUCACUCUAAAUGGAACAGUCACGUUGCUGGUUCCGCGCAGCUGGUUAAAGAAAUCGACUAUGCGGGUACAACUCGAGACCUCCGAGCGUACAGACGUCAAAUUAGUGAGCAACGGCAACAGAUGAGAUGGUCGAAUCCGCAGAUGUAUCCUUUUGGCUUCGACAACGACGGAUCCGAGGAUGAUCCCUUUGCCGAGAAAGAAUCAUCCAUUGACCAAGCAUUUUUAAGCUCCAUCUUGGGACGAGUGAUUAAUUACGACGAGUUUGGACGUGUCGAGCAUGAUCAGGCUCAGUCUCCCAAGAAAUUCUUUUCACGUAAGGAUAUCGAGAACUUCCGGCUUCAGUGCGACCUAUACUGGUGGUUCACCAAGCAAGAUCUCAUGCACAGUUUAGUCAGUGGCGAGAAACUAUUUAUGCCCUUUCAUCUGAAAAGCCAAUGCCCACCCCGCGCUGGCAUCGGCCGGUUAGACGCCAUUUAUGGAUCGGCUGAUCACCUUUGGCUUCUGCUUUCGCGCAUCACAGAUUACGGCUAUCGUGACCGGAAACGAAAGUUGAAAGCACUUCGUGUUGCUGGUACGGAAUGGAGGCCGGGCCCUGGGAUGUUCAAGUUUAUGGGCCGUUUUGCUGGUGGUGGCCCAAACAAAAGACCCGGUCCUCCUGGAGGUCCUCCAGGACCUCCAUCGUCUACGUCUUCAUUUUCCAACACUGGACCCCGCUCUGGUUCUGGUUCUGGCUCUGGCUCUGGUUCUUCGUCCGAGUCACCUCCAACCUUGUCACAGAAGGGACCUCCACCACGGCCAGCUGUGCCAGAAGGUCCUCCUAUGUAUGGAAUGGUACCACCCAGACCUCCGGCUCGUCUUCCAGCUGGCUUCACCGACGUUCGUCAAGAACAACGCGAAUCUUCAGAAGAAGCAGAUGAAAAUGAAUGGUCAAGCCAGCAGGCAGUCGACGACAAAUACAACGAAGCGGAGCAGGAAUGGGAGGAUAUCUUGACUGCACUCGACACCUUCGCCCGAGGGCUCGGACGAGAUUAUCAGCCACUACCCGCUGAUGUGACACCCUCGAUCUCGACUCCAUUCGGUGCUGCCUUGCAAUACCGCACGCAUACGAUCGCGGUGAUAUGGGGAUUCUACUACACGGGCCGGAUCUUGCUGCAGCGACUUCACCCAUCGAUGCCACCAGCCAUGAUGAUGGCUGCAGGUGUGGCUACACCAACGACUGCAGAGUAUGCACAGAUUAUCGGCCGGAUCACAGCAGGCAUCUACUACCCGCAGCGAUACAACCUGCAGGCUGGCAGCCUGAGCCCCACUCUUGGGUCAUCCCUUACAGAAAUGACAGUUCCGAUCUUCUUUGCGGCGGUGCAGUAUACGGAUUCGGCGCAGCGUGGCUGGACGAUAGCCAAACUCCGCGACAUUUCUCGACUGACGGGAUGGAAAACUUCGGAUGCUAUUGCUAGUGGGUGUGAGAAGUCAUGGAUUGUGGCGGCCAUGCAUGGGCGUGGGCCGCCGUAUCAACGAUCCUUUGAGACGGGUCGAGAUCGGGAUUCCCAAGAUGUACUUUCUCGAGACUUGGGGGCGCAGCAAAGUGUUGAGCGACGAUUUGUGACGGUGGAACCAACUGAUCGGGCAUAUCGGGCAAUGGGACUGCUUAGUUUGGAGGGGGAUAUGCAAAACCUGGAAUUGUAG